CAAACUCACCGGAGCGCGGUCGCAUCGCGCCCCAUCGAAAUUUUAUUCGAACGAACGCGUGUCUUCGUUAUCACUCGCUUCUUGUCCUGUGUCUAUAUUUUCAAUUAAAAAAAAAAGUAUCAGUAAUGUCUUACGAUAUUUAACUUGUGCUGUGGAUUGUUCAAAGGUGGUUUUGUGUGCUGUGAUUUUACGGAGUCAUUCCAACAGAGAUCCUCGCCACCCGAUCGACAGUCGUGCCAACAUGUUCUAGUCCAGCCAGUGUACAGUGUCGGCGGGCAGUGUUAGUGCGUGCUAAUGGUGUGACAGUGUGACAGUGCGGCAGUGUGACAGUGUGACAUGGCGUCCAAGUGUUUGACAGUGCUGUUGAUCGCUGCCAUCGGGACACAUCACGUCACGGCAGAAAGAGACCACGCAUCAGCUAUCGUAGGCAACACAGCUCGUUUGCGAUGCCGCAUCGACGGCAAGUCCUGUGGUGAUCUCCACAGCAUCAAGUGGUACAAAGCUGAUUCCAGAGUAUAUGUGUACUCAGCGUCCAAAGAUGCAGCGAUCAACAGGCCAGAAGGAGAGAUGAUGGACAGGAUAUCAAUAUCCCACGAGCCGAACGCGACGUUCGCCGAGCUGGUGAUCGCCAACGUGAAGGCCGAGGACGAGGGUGUGUUCCGCUGCGAGAUCACGUACCUCCACGUUGGUGAAGACUGCAACACUGUCCAAGUGACAGAUUUCCAUACUUACAUCAGACCCAAGUCAGUGGAAGUGACAGCGGGAGACAAUACCUUGACGGACGGAGCGGUGCUGGGCCCCUUGCUCGAGAGGACGAAGAUUGACAUUAGCUGCACAGUUAUCGAGGGGAAACCACAGCCGAAGGUGGCAUGGUACUUCAACGGGAAGCAGAGGCUUGACGCUCAAACGACGACACCGAACGCAACCACUUUUCAACAUGUCCUGUCACUAACGGUAACACGGGCGGAGCUGGGAGGCGAGUUGAAGUGUAUAGUUUCCUCAGCGGCCCUGGACGAGCCCAUUGUACGGAAGGUGUCGUUGGAUGUAGAAGUGCCACCGAACAAGGCGUUCAUAUCUGGAGUAGGGGAGCACGCGACCCAGGGUACCUUGCUUACCCUUAUGUGCACAGCAUCAGGGGCGAGGCCGGCGGCCAACAUCGAGUGGUACAAUGGUACCCAGAAACUGGACCCCGAAGAUAAUAACAUUCAUCAAAGAGAGGUGGAAUCGAGUGACACCACCUUCGAGACCACAUCGAAUCUGACAUUCGAGGCGACCCGCUUCGAGAACGGCCAGAAGUUUCACUGUGAAGCAGCGAAUAAGGUCACCUUGGAAACAAAUGAUCAUCCAAUGCACGCUACCAGGGAAUUAGAAAUUUGGUAUCCCCCGAUGGUCAGAGUUGAUCCAACAAACAUUACAGUGGUGGAAGGUGACAAGUUACUGCUCAAAUGCGAAUACGAAAGCAAUCCAUCAUCGCUGAAUCACGUUGUUUGGUACAGAGACGGGAAAGAGGUAAACGUGAACGACACGUCCCACUACCAAGGCGGUACGACUGAUCAGCAUUCCCUGAUCAUAGCGGACGCAAGAGGGGACGACACGGGCAACUAUACUUGCCUGCUGACGAACGCUGUGGGAAACGGGACCAGUGAGGACAGCAUACACGUCAAUGUGCUAUAUAAACCCCAAGUUCGAUUAACCAUGAGCUCCCCCAGUCCUAUUCUGGAGACUGACCACAAGAAUGUUACUCUUACCUGCGAAGUGAUGACUGGCAACCCACCAAUCCUUGAUGAAGUUAUUUGGUACUUGGAUGGAGAGAUUCUGAAGCAUUUGCCGGAGUGCAAUGGAACUGAUGGAGAAGAAAACUUAUGCAACGAAGUGGACCCGUCAAUGCUACUACUUCAGGACACAACGAAAAGUUUUCAUGGGAAUUACUCCUGUAAAGGCAAGAACUACGCCGGUUGGGGCAACGAGAGCCAAAAGACAGAAUUGGUUGUGAAUUAUCCACCCGGUCCUGCUAAGUUGACGUAUUCGCCGUGGCGAGUCGUCAAAGGCAAGAGUCUUGUGCUCAGCUGCAGUAUCAAGGAGAAGGGUAGGCCUGAGGCUCAUAGAUUCCGAUGGCAUCGUGGCGGAAGAGUUGUUAGCGAUAUCGUCUCCCAGAACUGGACCAUCGACCCGGUGACCCUCGACCAUCGAACCAGCUUCUCGUGUCGGGGCAUCAACGCUGGAGGAGAAGGAGAACCGGCUACCACUACUAUUGAUGUUCUUGCGCCACCUAGCUUCAAAUAUGCAAUGAACCACUACAGCGGAGCUCUUUACAAGUCUCAGAACAUAUCACUAUCGUGCACGGUAGAAUGCGCUCCACUGUGCAGCGUGCAGUGGCUGAAAGACGGCCAAGUGAUCGACGAUAAGAAUGACCGUUACUAUGUGGUCACGAGGAAAAUCGAGCCACAAGUCAACAGGAACGACUUCGAAGCAACUGAGUCUACGCUGCACUGGAAUAUGUCGGCGUGGCCGGGGCACGCGCUGUCCCGCGCGGCGGCGGCGGCCUCCUACACGUGCCGCUCGUCGCGCAACGACGCCGGCCCGCCCGUCAACAGCACCACCAAGUUCGCCGUCGAGUACGAGCCAGAAAACAUAACUGUCACCCCGAAAGUGGUGUCUGUCAUUGAAAAUGAAAUACCUGCCAAGGUUGUUUGCUCCGCCCGAGGUUUCCCAAUGCCCAGCUACUCGUGGCGCCGGGAACACUCCUCAAAGUCCACCAGCAAGGACCACACCAACAACUCUUUGAUACUGUCGUCAUCCAACACGUUACUGCUGGGUCCGGUACAGAGGAAGGACGGCGGGAAUUAUUUAUGUGAAGCAUAUAAUAGACACGGCUCUGUUAAUACUACUGUAUUUCUGGAUGUUAUGUUCGUACCAGAAUGUGGUAUAAAACAGAUAGAAAUGGACGGAGAACAAGUUCUAGUCUGUACUGCGCAUGCCAACCCAUCGGAGGUAUUCUUCUCGUGGAAACUGAAAAACGACAAUGACAGCCUCACCGACGAGAAGAUCUGGCAGGUCGGCUCACAGAGCUACCUGCGCUUGAGCACCAGCGUCGAAGUCUACAGGACCUAUUUGUGUUUCGCUAACAACACUGUCGGCACUUCUAGACAAUGCGAGCGUGAUGUUAUGGCAAACUUGGAACUGUAUAGUCGAGUUCCCUGGUGGCGGGAUCAACAGAAGUUAAUACUGAUCGGCGGUAUAGCGCUCGCUAUUCUGGUGAUUACGGUGAUCCUUUGCAUCAUCAUCAUCUGCGUAUGUCGACGGAUGAGGGCAAAAUCCAAAUAUAAUAAUCCGGUGGAACUGGAGGAACGCGAGAAUCCGGAUGGUAGCUGUCUAAACGAGGUGUCAAUAGCUCAGUCGAUAAUAUCACAAGCUUUGCCUGCUUUAUCACCACGAUUAAGUCUAUCUUUUAGUCCAAAAACAUCAGAUCGAACUCGACUUGUCGACUCACAGAGCUAUCCUAAUUUAGAAAUGAAUAAAUUUAACGAAACCCCUGUAACUAGCAGCUUACAAGCAAACCUUUCACAACUAGAAGCAACUAUAAAUAGCCAAGUAACAAAGGAAAAUAUAAAUGAAACACAAACGCCGAAAACAGAACCUAAAAGUGAGAAUAAUAAGGGUCAAACUAUAAUGACUCCAAGUAAAUGGCCUUUAAAACCUGGUGUUCUCGUUCAUGUAAAUUCAAAUCACUCUUUGAGUCCUAAAAAUCAGGCAAGACUUCAAAAUGCAAUUAAUGAACAAAACACUGAGCAGACAGAAGCUAAUUUAGGAUUACUUGAAAGAAACAAGAAAGAGGAAGACGACAAAUCGCCCUCUAAGACUGAAUAUUCUAAAAAGAAUGGUAAACCCAGGAGGCACACACAAAAUGUUGUGUCUGGAAUUCUGAAAGGACUAAGGAAGAAAAGCGAAGACUCUGAUGAUGAUAGUGGUAAAUACAAGAAGAUCAAUAAAACUAACAAAAGGGCUGUCUCAUUGAUGAAUUUGAAUAGAUCAGGUUAUAAUUUGCCAAAAAGUAGAUUUAGGGCACUGUUUCACAGCGAAACACCGAAUGUUAUUGUAACAGAAGGAGUGGUAUCAUUCAAAAGACCUGAUAGAAUAGCAACAACAAGCAUCAAAGUUAAACCUUUCAAUGAUGAAUCUUCCGCUAAAUCUACCAGGAAACGGAAAAAACCCGGAGAUAGCCCACCUACGAAUGGCGUAGAUAAUGCGGCGAACGGCAAUCUAGGAGCGGACAAUCCAGGCCUCUACGAGAAUUUGCCGUUCCAUGGUCUCCAACAACCACCUAAUAAGCCUUUCAAGCCGGAUGACCAGUUCAUAUACGCAGAUGCCGACCUCAAAGACUACGGUCCAAUUAAUUAUAAGGCAGCGUCGAUCUACGCCCAAAUGAAGAAGAUAAAAGAACAACAGAAAUUACAGGAAAUAUAUGACAAGCAACACUCCGAUGAUGAUUUGCUGUGAUUACCAAAAGUGUGACUUUUAUUCAUUCAAAUAUUUCCCCCACACGGGGUGGUCAAGAAGUUACAGCAAAUAAUAUUGUAUACGUACUUUUAUUUCCGUGACAUGCAUUUUUUAUUUGUUGAAAUAUUUAUACUACUCGUAGAAUGCGUCUACUGUUAAAUUUAAUAGUAAAAAUGACGAUCUGUAAAAAGAUACCGAUCAAGACAACCUAUUAAUUCAUUUGUCAAUCUUAUAAUUUAAUCAAAUUGUGACAGUUUUGUUUCGUCUGAAUGUAAUUCAAGAUAUUGUAAUUUAAUAUUUUUCACGAAUUAUAAAUAAUUUAAUUUAAUAAUUUAAUGAUGAAUAUAGUUGCAUUGGAUUGGAAGAUAGAACCUCAAAUUAGGAAAUGUACAGAGUAGUGAUGUAAUCAAAAUGUAAAUAAAUGUAGAUUUCUUAUAGUAAAUGUAACUAUUUACAAAUACAAUCGUUUCCACAAGUAUAAAAUACAUUUUCUUCAAGUGUAUAAAAAAAAUUGUUAUUUUUUUACAAUAGGUACAUUUUAUUGGGUUUAUUUUAUUCUACUUAAAAAUUACAUAAACAUAUGUAAAUUAUUUUAUAUUAUUGACUGAUUGAAAUUACAUAAAUGUAAAACUAGUAAUUGUUAAUAAAUACAUAAAUAAUAAUACAUUGCAUUUUCAUUGAACUCAGACAGACAUAGUUAUCAAUAUAACAGUUUCAAGUAUACAGAUAUAAAUGUAUUUUUACUUGGAGAUAACGAUAUUAGUUGGAAAUGCAGAUUAAUUCGAAAUCCCUUUUCCAUGAACAGGGUAAAUGACUGGAACACGCAUAUAUGGAACAAAAUAUAAAAAACAAAUCAAUUUUGUGAUAGAAAAUAGCAAAAUAUUUUAUAUCACAAAAUAGUUUUGACACCACAUCGCUUUUAUAGGCUGACAACACUUAGAUAUUUAAUAUCCGUCCAUGCGGGAAUGUUACAUAGUUGAGAUUAGUAAAAGCCCAUAUGUAUGUAAAUUAAUAUAAAUUGCCCUUAUUUAUAGUAAAUAGUCAGUUGAUCAAAGACUAUCCAAAGAUAGGUAUGGGUAAGUUAGACGAAUAAUAAUAUACUGAAAAGGUCAGAGGUAUAGUGUUCACACUACACGUUAGUCGCGACUUGACAUCAACAAUUUUUAUUAUUAAUUUACAAACGCAAUGAUAUACGAAUAUUUUUUUAAAUGCCCAAUAUUUUUUUAACAUCGCUUUAACGAAAUAACAUUAAUAUAAUAAUUGUGAUAAUAGUCUGAAAUAUUUAUUGUUUAUAUGCAGUUAUGUCAUUUUGACAUUUACAAAAGUUAUUAUAAACUGUCAAAAUGGUACAAUUCAGGUCGAAUGUAAACAAAUGGCAAAAUGAUAUGAUUGCACAAAUUUAAUGUUAAGUUUUCUCAACUGUGUCGUGAUUUAAUGAAUAAAACUUGUGAGACUAAACAAUAUUUUGUACUUAAUUAUAUAUUUAGGUUAAUAUUGACACACUAAUUUACAUUAUUCAGUAAAAACCUCUAAAUAUGAGUGACGGAAUUAUGUAUGGUACUCUCAAAACUAGAUGGAUUAUUAUUAAAAUUAUAUUUAAACCUAAUUUAUGUAUCACAACUGGGAAAAGAUUCCACAUUUUCACAUGUCUGCUCUAAGAUCAAAAGAGCCUUUUUCGCUCCAUAUCUUCAAUCAGUUUAGGCACACUUAUUUAAUAACUAUUAAAACACUUUUUAUAAAAUAUAUAAUAUAAAUAAAUAAUUUACAUAUUCUCGACUUAUGUUGCUAGCAAUAAAUUGUGAAACACUAAAUACUGUUAUCAAUAAUUUUGUUCUAUAUAGAGUACCUUUCGUAUUUACCCAACUUGUUUUGAGAGUUUUUUUUAUAUAUAUAAAGAUUGUAUCAAAGAGUUCUCUCGAAAACGCGAAUAAGAUAUUUAAUCAACAAUUUUGUAAUUGUUUCUUUAAAGACUUUUUUAUUUAAUAGAUUAAUUUUACUAAUAAAAAUCUGUCUACCCCCACUAUGAUUGCAGGUGUGAGCAUUUUUAUUAUUAAUUGUAACAACAUCUCACUUUUUGUAAGUUUUUACAAAUUAUCAACUCACCACGCGUCAAAUAUGUGACAUAUUUAGGAGAAAAGUAUGUUAAAAUUAGAAAAAAGUUUUGUACAUACAACUUGUUACAAUAUUGUCAAAUAGUGUUAAAUAAAUUAAUUUAUGGAUUUUUAA